AUGGAUUCAGCCACGUUCAGCUCGCCACAGAAGGAGAUUAGAGCGGCAAGUUUCCAGGCUCUGCAGAGAUGUCUUACUUUGUGGAAACGAGCCGUGCGGUAUACAGCCAAAGCAAUUUACGAAAGGUCUCGGCUUCCAAUUAAGCAGGUGAGGAUCAAGAAACAGGAAGCCAACCACUAUAGCACCAACUACGGAGCUCGAAGCUUGGACGUGCCAGGUGGUUUGCUCGUCGCGGACGAUGCUGAACACCAGGCUGAUCGGACGACUGUUGUUGCAAGGGAUGAAGCCGUCCCGCUGUCGGCCAAUCGGGAAGAGCCCAAAGUUGGAAAUGGGUUGGGCGGUGUAGUGGCCUGGCAUCUUUUCCAGGAGGUUCUUAUGGAUGAUCUUGGCGUAGUCUUCAAUCUUCAGAGUACGAUCGUCCCAGUCAAACAGAUCGCUUGUGUCGCGUGGAUUCGGGUCCAGCUCCAGAAGAUCCUGCCGGUUCUUGUGGCUGGACUCAGGAAGAGGGGCGUCGGCACCUGUCGCGUAGAUGAUGCGCUUGCAUUGGAGCUCGAUCUGCUUCUCAUUCAAUGCGAAUGCGGCGAUGAAUACCUGUUGAUGAGCGGGAAGCGUGAUAGUAACUCCUUAUUGCAGGCCUCGUUCGACGCCUUUAUGAACUUCCUGAUGAACUUUGAGCCCUUCUUCUUCCAGAUGACAGCACGUGUCUCGGCUGGUGUGCGAUUCACUCUGGAUCUCUGGUUAGUGACUAUUCGCAUCAAUGUUGAGAUUAGCACGGGCUUGGACUUGAACGGCCCUCCGUUCGGAGGUGUGGUUCAUGUGGACUUCUGGGUGUUUGGAUUCGGUAUCAAGUUUGUAACCUCUGCGAAGCCACAGUCAUCUAUUGCUCUGAAUCGCUUCUUCGCCAUUGCCGCAAAGACUGGUUCGUCAUCUGGAGCCUCCUCCGGAACGUUCUUGACCGGUGGAGGCGAUGCCAAACCCCCAGCCAAGCCACAGCCUGACACUGCAGCCAUUCUCUUGACCUGCGAAACUGGCCUCUUGCCGCCCCUUCAGGAUGUCAAGGCCGAAGCCAUAGGUCCCCAUGAUAAGGCCCCGGAAGAUGACAAGUGGUACGUCAAUGGCGCCAACUUCUCUCUGAUGGCUUCGUUCCAAAUCCCAGUCACCUCGGCAAGGCUUACCGAGAAGCGAACUCGGAGGAUAGAGAAGGGAUAG